AUGAGUGGUUACAGAGUAUCACGAGAAAAGGCUCGAAUAGCUCAAGAAACUGUAAUGUAUCUGGGGUUCGAAAUUUUUAAAGGACAUCGGCAGUUAUCGACAGAAAGAAAAGAAGCCAUCUGUCACCUCCCAGAACCAGAUACCCUCCGAGAACUACGAACCUUUCUCGGGAUGACAAGGUGGUGCCGUUUAUGGAUUGAUGAAUAUGGACUGAUGGUAAGACCAUUGUAUGAAAUGUUGAAAGCUUCUACAGAUACCUGUUUAGAAUGGACUGAGGAGGGAAGAAGUGCUUUUAGAAAUCUCAAACAAGCACUACUGAAGGCACCAACAUUGGCAUUGCCAAAUUUAGAGAAGCCUUUUGAGCUGUUUGUUCGUGAAAAAUGA